GGGUGUGUUUGCCUUGCGGGUUUACUUGUUUUUAACUACAGUCACAUCAGGGAGGGGCAAGGAGACGGUGUUUUUAUGACUGCUAAACAGGUUUUGACGGACUGGUUGUGCACAUGGAGACGUGUUUAGUUAAGAGCGCAGGCCGAAUGGGUUUUCAAAAUAGUAAAGAGUCUCCAACUGUAAGCUUCUUAAUAGGGGCACUGAAAGGACCCCGUUUGGCCGUGUCAGUUUCCUAAGAGGAUAGUUAAUCCAAGAUCCAGCAGAUCAGAACAGAAAUUGGCAAUGGCAUUUGAACACCAGAGGCUAAGAUCUACUAAAGGGGACCACCGUGCGAAUCAGAUCCACUUCCAGCAACAGCGUCCUGUAGUGAUGAAGUGUAACCUUCUCCUGUCCUGGGCCUUCCUGCUCUUGGCCUCUGGCCCACUGCUGGCCCACCCCAUCACAGACUCUGCAGAGAUGCCCUAUCCAGGACCUGUAUCAGUGGAGGACGGAGGAGUCGGCGCCCUGGAUGAUCUGUCUCUCUCUGAGCAAACCUUCCCUCCUCAGGAUGGCGGGCUCAGAUAUUCCACUCUAAUAUCUGGGGAGUUUAACCGAGAUGGUGUCAGAACAGGCCUGCUUCCGAGGGGGAUGAAAAGAGAGGUCCUAUUGGAGAAACAGAGUCUCCUAAAUCCUUUCAGCCGUGUGCUGGGCAUCCGGAAGCAGUUCAGGAAGCGAGCAGGGAAUUCUGAGUGUUUCUGGAAGUACUGCGUCUAAAACUGUCAACAGACAUUGACGCUACACAAGAGACAGGGCUUGCACUAAAACAAAGAUACAUAUCUUGCACUCACAUUAAAACAUGCAAACAAAAUAAGAAACAUCAUACAUGUAUAUACUGUAUGUGCGCAUAUGCAUGCCCAGGUGCAUGUACUCACACAUACACACUCACAUACAUAAGCGCUGUCAGUAUUUGUUCACAAAAAGAACAAUGCCAUAGGUAUGAUUGAGACAAGUUGCCUGGGGACUUAAUGAUAAUUUAUUGAGAUAUCUUUUAUGUUGUGUGAAACUAUAUUUAUGUACACACAUUUGUUAAAAGUCCUUGGUUGUCUAAUGCAAGACCAAAUGUAUUUUAAUUGUAAAAGUCAAAGGUUAUACAGCACUGGA